AUGGCCAAGCACCACCCGGACCUCGUCAUGUGCCGCAAGCAGCCGGGCGUCGCCAUUGGUCGGCUGUGCGAGAAGGACGACGGCAAGUGCGUGAUCUGCGACUCGUACGUGCGGCCCUGCACGUUGGUGCGCAUCUGCGACGAGUGCAACUACGGCUCGUACCAGGGCCGGUGCGUCAUCUGCGGUGGCCCGGGCAUCUCGGACGCCUACUACUGUCGCGAGUGCACGCAGCUCGAGAAGGACCGCGACGGGUGUCCCAAGAUUGUGAACCUCGGCAGCUCCAAGACGGACCUCUUUUACGAGCGCAAGAAGUACGGCUUUAAGAAACGCUGA